AUGGCGGAGGAUGGGAGGGAAGAGUCGGUGGCUACUGACGAUGACUCAGAGCACACAGCUGCAGACGGGAGCAGCAGCCUCAACAACACGAUGGUGGAGGAGGGCUCAACUCUCCUGCGCAGGAUGGAGAUCUGCGUCGCUGAGGCUGAGAAGAGGAGCGGCAAAAACGCAGUGAACAUGCAGGAGACAUUCACCGUGUACCUCAUAGAAACACGGCCGAUGGAUGCAGUUGCUGAAGGUCGUAACCUGGCCCCCGACUCUCUGUGGAGGAGAUACAGCGAAUUUGAGCUGCUGAGGAACUAUCUGUUAGUUACCUACCCGUUCAUCGUGGUGCCCCCUCUGCCUGAGAAGAGGGCAGAGUUUGUGUGGCACAAGCUGUCUGCAGACAACAUGGACCCAGACUUUGUGGAGCGCCGCAGGGUCGGCCUGGAGAACUUCCUGCUCCGUGUGGCAUCACAUCCAGUCCUGUCCAAUGACAAGAUCCUCCACCACUUUCUCACUGAGGAACAUGGCUGGAAGGAGGUGGUGUAUGAGACAGGAUUUCAGGCAAAGGCAGAUUCCAGGCUGAGAGCUCUCAGCGCCACCUUCAGGGUGAGAAAUCCAGAUAAACGCUUCAUGGAGAUGAAACACUACAGCGAUGAGCUGCAGUCUCACACAUCUCAGCUGCUCCGAGCACGAGCAAGAGUUGCAGAUCGGCUCUACGGGGUUUACAAGGUCCACGGGAACUAUGGAAGAGUCUUCAGUGAGUGGAGUGCCAUAGAGAAAGAGAUGGGCGAUGGACUGCAGAGUGCCGGUCAUCAUAUGGAUGCAUACGCUGCCUCCAUAGACGAUAUCUUAGAGGAAGAGGAACAUUAUGCAGACCAACUGAAGGAAUAUCUCUUCUAUGCUGAAGCUCUGAGGGCGGUCUGCAGGAAGCAUGAGCUGACCCAGUUUGAGCUGGAGAUGGCGUCCCAGGACCUCAUCUCCAAGAAGCAGCAGCGUGAGGAGCUGGCUACAGGGAUCGUGCGGACGUUCUCCUUCAAAGGCAUGACCAACAAGCUUUUUGGCCAAGAGGCGCCUGAGCAGAGGGAGGCCAGGCUGAAGCUGCUGGAGGAGCUGAUCACAGAGGGAGAGGAGACGGUCAAGGAGAAAACAGUGGAGUGCGAAGAGCAUGUGGAGAGGGCGUGGGUGGACAUGCAGCGCUUUAAGGAGCAGAAAGACAAAGAUCUGCGGGAAGCGCUCAUCAACUACGCUGUCAUGCAGAUCAGCAUGUGUAAAAAGGGAAUACAGAUGUGGAGCAAUGCCAAAGAAUGUUUCCUCAAGAUGUGAAGAUGAAGCCAUAUUCACAGGAGAAAGAUGCUGAUGUCCUCUGGAUGGAGGAACAGUACAGGAACAACUUUAUGUAAAAAGAUAACAAGUAUUUACACAAAACCCAUUCAUAUAAAUUUCACUUUGAGUGGUGAUUUACCUUCACUGUUAACCCUUUGUGGAGUGAGAAGGCUGAGGGAGGUGGUGGAUCAUGCAGAGCACACGACUGGGACUCUGGAGGGUCGUCAAUAUUUAGCUGAGACCAUGUUCUCUCACCUUUAAGAGGCACUUUUUACAUGCUAACGUCAAGAUCCCUUUUUACUCAUUUGUCAAUAUUUAUGACAUAUGGUCAUAAAUCCAGAGAACAUAAGUAAAGCAUCAGGUCCAAUAAAGAGCAGCAUUAGAGGCUGUCUGCCGCCAGAGUUCAAUUUGAUCGACGUGGAGCUGAUUUCAGUUGCUGAAGCUAUUAACCCUUUGAAACCUGGGGAAUUUUUUUUCUGCUUCAUCCAGGCGCUUUUCACAAGCUGUCUAACCUUUUGAAACCGACGCAAAUUGAUAUGAUUUCUUUUGAAAAAAUGGGGGGGAAUCAAGAAAUAAAUAAAAGGUGACAAGAAAAUGACCUAAAAGAAUGUUUUAAAAAGGGCAGGAUUACUAGAAAAUAAAAACCUAGGUAAAGAAUAUCCAGAAC